AUGCACUCUCAGUCGGUAAAUGCAUGUAUGAGAAGCACUCCCGUGAUUAGAUGUAACAUCAAGCCUGAUAGUGUCGACAAGAUUGGAGUCUGCUAUCUUCACUUUAAAAGUCUGGAUGUUGCUCUUCUCGAGAUCAUAGGUGAAUUCGGCCAAAGGAAACAUCUUUGCACUUUGAACUUCCAAAUCAGACAACUCUUGCCCUUGCAUCCAUCCAGAUACUCUGCAGAGCUUGGGAGCACUGGAUCUAUCAUAGGCCACACUCUGUUCAUAGUACAACAGAAAUGUGCAAUAGUUUUAAAUGGCAAGGCAAGGUGA